GUCCCCCAAAGUGUCCAUAUGGCGACACAUCGCCAUGGUUUUGGGGUUCCUCUUCCUGAUCCUGCUGGGUGUGCUGAUCUUCACGGCUUACUGGGUGUACAGGUUGUCUGAGGAGUCCGAAAAAAGCCUGGAAGCCGUUGACCUGGAGAACAUCCACCUCGUGGACAUGUUGCAGCAGCUGGUAAGCGGACUAGGGUACAAAUGCAGCACGUGCGAGCUCGCCUGGAACCAGUGGUCCAGGCACUGCUACUUCCAGUCCGAAAAACAGAUGACGUGGCAGCAGGGUUUGAAGUUCUGCCUCAAAAAGGAUGCCAGCCUGCUGAAGGUGUCCAAGAUGCAGGAGCUGCAAUUUGUGCAAAGAAUGCUUACCGCCACCUCUAAAGUUUACGCUGGGGAGCGUGUCUUCGCGAACUACUGGAUCGGCUUGAUGUAUCACCAGGACGUCAAGGGCUGGGUGUGGACCGACGGCACCACCUUCUCCUCCAACAUUUUCAAGCUCCAGGCCACCGAGGGCUGCGUGUACUUCAAGAAGGACACGAUCAACGUGCAGAGCUGCACCAGGUGGAACUAUGUCAUCUGCAAGAAGGCAUCCAGGUUCGGGCUGGACUGAGCCAGGCUGGGUCCAGCCUCUCCAGACACCCCCAGCCUGGUGGGGUACGGCGCUGGGACCUGCCCAGAACGACAGGGGAGCCCCCCUGCCCUCCACUGCAGCGCCUGUGUGGCCCAGGUCCUGCCAGGCCCAUUGU